AGUCAGUUUGCGUUUUAAUGACAAGAGAGUGGAGCAAAGGUGUAAUAUGCACCUGGUGGUUUAGUGCAAAUAUGACCCUGGUGGUUUAGUGGAAAUAUGAGCUUGGUGAUUUAGUAGAAAUACUACCCUGGUGGUAAAGCAAGUUCAUAGAUUUAUUAAAGCCUGGUUGACGCACGACCCACAUGACUACACAGCGAGCUGUGUCUAAAUAUAGAAAGUUCUGGAAAACAGUGAACUGAAGCCUCAGGAACAAGGAGAGGGCAGAGAACACACCAACUCUCAUUUCCUUCAGGAGCUUUCAAAAGAACGACGGAUACAGUAGCAUUCCUGGAAUGACUAUGAACCACGGCCUCUAACAAUAUUUAUUUCAAAGACAUCCCAAAUUUAGUCUGAAAAAACCCCGAUUAAAAACAAAAUAUGUCUGUUCUAGAAUUAUUUUCACUAAGUGGCAUGUCCGUUAUGUUUAUUACCCUGAAUUUAAUCAUCCUCAUUUUCAUCAUUAAUCGAAACACAAACCCUAAGAACUUCCCUCCAGGCCCCAGAGGUCUACCGCUGCUGGGGAACACCCUCAACCUGGACCUGAAGAAACCCUACCAAACCUUGAUGGAGAUGAAGGACAAGUUUGGCCCAGUGUUCAGUAUUCAGAUGGGCUUGCGUAAGAUCGUGGUUCUGUGUGGCUAUGAGAUGGUGAAGGAGGCCUUGGUCACUCAGGCUGAUCAAUUUGCAGAGCGGCCAGACAUCCCACUAUUCAAACAGAUCACCAGAGGAAAUGGAAUCAUAUUCGGCCAUGGGGACUCCUGGAGGACCAUCCGGAGGUUCACUCUGACGGUGCUCAGGGAUUUGGGAAUGGGAAAGAGGAAUAUCGAGGAGAAAAUCAUUGAAGAGUCAGAAAACCUUGUAAAAAGCUUUGCUACUCAUAACGGUGAUGGCUUCCAGACCACCAUUCCUCUGAAUGCGGCAGCAUCCAACAUCAUCGUCUCUCUGCUCAUGGGCCACAGGAUGGAGUAUGAUGACCCCAUCUUUAUAAAGCUCUUGGAAAUGAACUACGAAAGCUUCAGGCUGGCCAGUGGACCGUUCAUUCAGCUGUACAACAUGUACCCAGUGAUCCACCCGCUGCCAGGGCCUCACCACAAAGUGCUGGCGUACCAGGACAACCUGAAGGCCUUCUUCAGGAAGAGUUUCAUCCAGCACAGACAGAUCCUGGAUGAGAAUGACUCCCGUAGCUACAUCGACGCAUUCCUCAAAAAGCAGCAGGAGGUGAACCCAGGGGUCAAUGAAAAGGAUAAUCCCUCUUCCCACUUCCAUGAGUGGAACCUCCUUUGUUCCGUCACCAACAUGUUUGUGGCUGGGACGGAAACCACCUCCAGCACCCUGGCCUGGGCCUUGGUCAUCAUGAUUAAGUAUCCUGAAAUACAGAGUAAGGUCCAUGAGGAGAUAGACAAGGUGAUUAGUGGUUCCACGCCAAGGAUCCAGCACAGGCAGAUGAUGCCCUUCACCGACGCAGUGAUCCACGAGACCCAGAGGUUCGCUGACAUCCUGCCCAUGGGCCUGCCCCACGAGACCACAGCCGACAUCAGCUUCAAAGGCUUCUUCAUACCUAAGGGGACCUACAUUAUCCCACUUCUGAGGUCAGUGCACCGUGAUAAGGCUCACUGGGAGAAGCCAGAUGAUUUUUACCCUCACCACUUUCUCAACGUCGACGACAAGUUUGUCAAGAGGGAGGCUUUCAUGCCCUUCUCCGCAGGUCGUAGAGUAUGUGUAGGUGAGACUCUGGCCCGCAUGGAGCUCUUCCUCUUCUACACCUCCCUCAUGCAGCGUUUUUCCUUCCUUCCCCCCAUCGGGAUGACUGCUGACGACGUGGACAUCUCCACCUGCGGCGGCCUGGGCCUCGCCGCCCCACCCAUCAAAGUGCGGGCCCUACCUCGUUUCCAUGACACCUAGGGAAUUACCCCAACGGCUUUGUAUUUCAGAUUUUCCUGAGUUAAGGGCAGUUAUCACUGAGAUGUAGUAGGAGACCUCAUCUGCCUUGAAUCUAAAACACUCAGGACUAACCAUUAAAAACACAACUGUACAAAACUAGUUUUGUAAAUGUAACUGUACUGACAAUUAUUGUACAGUCAAGCAAUGGAUAUAAAUGUAUCGAACUUAUCUAGACAAUGACAAGGUCAUUUCAAAACCUAACAGAAGUAUCAUUUUAUUUUGUUAAAUUGUCUGCAGAAACAGAACGAUCGACUGAAACAAUUUAGCAAACAUGACAAUUGUUUUAACAACUAAAUAUGCACAAAUAUAACAGGUUGAGCUUCUGUUAGUCACUGGAAAAGCUAAUUAAAGACUUCUCAAAUCUC